AGCGUAUCUAUACUACAGCGAACGAGCAAACGCCCUCGGCUGACUUACCUCUGCAAUUGCAUCUAAAAGCUUUCGCACAUGGGUCAGUAGUUCGGAAGGGAUACGCCCCUAAGGGUGGUGACAACCCCUUAGGGAAGGAUAGCUUAUGCCCCGCAGGAACCUAUCCUGUCGUAAGGGACUGCAGGAUGUACAGCUGGCGCACCCGGCUAGAGCGGCGAAGGGACGAUGCGACCGCGGCCGUCUCGGCGGUUCGCGGGGUUAUUAUGCGUCGUUCCAAAGUUGUCUCUUGGUUUUGUUUUGUUUAUCUCCUGCCUGACAUGGCCGGGAGGGCUCUCGCCUUUGCGAAAAAGGCGGGAGCCGAUGCGCUCGACAUCGUCACCACGGACAGGGAAGAACUGCUCAGAACAAUUGAGGACAUGGCAAAAGGCGGCCUCCGGACACUGGUUCUGGCAUAUUGUGAUGUACACAAUGGAUACCCAAGCGAUGAGCAGCAGGCUGAGAGCUGGACGCCUAACCGCCACACUGAGGAAGACAAACAGUGCCUCGAAUCCUUGGAGGAGCUGUUGGAGCUGGGUGCAGAGGUGGAAAGGACAACCAGCGGCAUGGCAGAUAGAGAUCUGGAACAACAUACAAACCCGGACGGGAUGGUCAGCAGUGGGGACGAGCAGGAGGGACAGGGCAUGGAAGUGGACCAGCAAGCCAGCACAGCUGGUGGCACGCAAAAACGCAGGUUUGACAAGCGGGUUGAGGAGACCAGGGUUGCCCAGGGUGCGGAAACCCCCAACGAACAACGGGAAGAGGAAUCGCUGGACUGGUUGGAGAAGGCAGUGGCCGGGCUAGAGUGCGUUCGUAGGGUGGAAUUCGAGCUGAACAUGGCCUUUCAUACGCAUCAUUGGACACGGAGAACCGUUUUGACUUUCUCAGAAGAGAGCAGGAGCUUUCCCUCUUAUACGCCUAGCACGGGCUUGGCGUGGAGUGAUAUCUUUCUUGGAGAGGAUGGAGGAGACGAUGGUGUUGUCGGUGCGGAUGGUGAAGUAUUGGCCGUCGAGGUACGGGCGCCAGACUGUGAGGGCGUGAAUCAUGGCGAGGAGUUCCUUCUCGUUGGAGGGGGAAUUCAUCUCCGGGGGAAGGAGCUUCUUGCUUGCGAAGGCGAUGGGGUAUUCGCCAGGUGGAGCCUCGGGGUGAGUGGGCGAGUCCUUGACGGAGGGGGUCUCGGCGGUGUCGCGGGGGAAAUGUUGGGACAGUACGGCUCCGAUGGCGAAGUCGGAGGCGUCAGUGGUGACAUAGAAAUGGCGAGUGGGGUUGGCGAUCUUGAGGACAGGGGCCGUGGUGAUGGUUUGCUUGAAGAUCUCGGAAAAGUUGCGAAUGAACGGGCGGUAAUAGUUGGCAAGGCCGAGGAAGGAACGGAGUUGGAGGAGGGUCUUGGGUGGGGGGUACUCGACGAGGGCUGUGACCUUCGAGGGGUCCAUACGGAUGCCUUUGGCGGAGACAAUAUGGCCGAGGUAUUCGACACUCGAAGCGGCAAACGUACAUUUGCUGAGCUUGGCGUAGAAUUUUUGCUCUCGGAGGAUCGAGAGGACUUGGUGGAGGUGCUGAAGGUGGGACUCGAAGGUGGGGCUGAAGACAAGGAUGUCAUCAAGGUAGACGGCGACACAGACUUCGAGGAGGUUGCGGAAGAUGUGGUUCAUGGURGAUUGGAAGGUAGCGGGGGCAUUGGUGAGCCCGAAUGGCAUCACGAGGAACUCGUAGUGCCCGAACCGAGAGCGGAAGGCGGUCUUGUCGGUGUCCUCCUCGCGGAUACGGAUCUGGUGGAAGCCACUGCGAAGGUCGAUCUUGGUAAAAUACUUGGCUCCACGGAGACGAUCAAGGAGCUUGGAAAUCCGAGGUGUGGUGAACUCGUUGAGGAAGUGAUGGAGGUGGUGUCUUCGGGGGUGAUGUGGUGGAAAAAGCGGGUGCGGAGGUGCCGGGCGGGGGGUGGUGGUUGGGGUGGAGGAGUCGAUCGUGGUGAUGCGGUCGCAUAUGGACGACAUGUUGGCCUUUAUGUCGUCGCGAGAGGCGGUGACGGAGGUUCGAAGGGUGUUGAGUGCGUGGAGGAUGGCGGAGAGGAUCCGUGCAGACUGGGGGUUCAGGGAGCUGUCGCAACAUGCCAGAAAGCUGGUGUGAAGGUCCGAAUGGUCACAGGAGAUAACCUGAUUACAGCCAAGACAAUUGCAAUGGAAUGUGGGAUCCUCGACGAUGGUGAAGCAAUCGAAAAAAUCAUCGAAGGCGCCAGUUUCCGAAGGCUGUCCCCUCUGGAAAAGCGUAGAGCUGCAAGAAAUAUUGUGGUGAUGGCCCGAUCUUCACCAACUGACAAACUCGAUCUGGUAAGAGCACUUAGGGAAAAUGGCGACGUUGUUGCUGUUACUGGGGAUGGCACAAAUGAUGCACCUGCUCUUCAUGAGGCCGACAUUGGGCUUGCAAUGGGGAUUGCAGGAACAGAGGUUGCCAAGGACAGUGCUGACAUUGUCAUCCUGGAUGAUAACUUCGCUUCAAUUGUAAAGGGCUGCACUAUCUUCAGCAAAAUCGAUAUCAUAUCUGGCUACCACGAGAUUGAGAUGGCUGAAGGUGAUGUCCACAAGACAACCUUCAAAACCAGGGACAUGACAAAGAGCGAGAAGUUUCGAUGUGAGGCAGCCACUCCUGCUGUGGGGAAUGCGAUCUGGUCGAAGGACAUGACAAAAUGUCCAAAGGAGUUCGCGUCGGCCAUGGAAACGUUGCAGAGCCACUUGCCAGGUCAUCCUAGCUUGCAGUGGCCACCUCUUCGAUUCCCCGAGGACGCAGUGCCGCCGCUGGUUCCUCCCACCGCCCCUUCUGGAGCCGUCGCAUCGCCCAAUUCUGGGGCUCCGGCCAUUCGAGUCACGGUACCGCGUCCUGCAACAACAGUUGCAACACGACCGGCAGCCCCGCCGUCUGCGCCGCUGGCUGGGACACGAGGUGCUCGCGAUGUGGGAGUUGGUCGUUCCACGCCAGCCAACGAGCCCCCGCCUCUGAGGGAUGGUGUGGGAUCUGCGACAUUUGACGAGGAGAGCACACGUGCAUUUAUUGAGAGUCGCAGGUGGGGGGGGAGUGCCGGCAGUUCAGCGCCCGCGCUCGUCCCUGUUUUCAGGAGUGCUAGGCAGUCAGAUGCCACACGGGGUGGUACUGUGGUGGCACCUGGCGCAUCACCCCGCAGUUCGUCGGAGCACCCCUGGCUGCCACCGCCACCGUCGAGAGCGGCGCAGCGUCCAAUGGUCCACCACGCUCACGGAACCGCCCACCCGGAUCCGUCACACGCACCUGCAGAUGCUCGACAUUCUGCUUCCGUGCCUCGUUUCGUGGAACAGGUGGAUCAUGGGGUGCCUGCCGAGAAGGUCCCCGCUCCGGUGUCCGAUUCAUCGCCGACCCCUGUUCCGACAACCACGGGCGGUGGUCGGUCUGCCCCACAGCCUCCACCUGUGUUGACCGAAACGUUAGACCCUUUACAGCGCAUUCGUGACCUUGCAGUCGCCCAGAGCGCGACACCUGUGAGCCCUGGCGGGUUGUUGGAUGCUGGGGUCCUCGGCGGGAGAGCUACGACGGGACGAUGUCGGGGCACUUAUAGGCAGCAAGCCGUGACGUCAUAUUAUUCAGACCCUUUGGAGCGCGCAUGGCAUCUGCAAAUCAUGCGGUUCAUCGUCGAGAGCGGGAUGCCGUUCAACAGCACGAAGCUUGAAAGCUUCAAACGCAUGUUCACGAUGAUAAUCCCGUCGGGGGUUCCAGGGGCGCCCGCGCCUAGACUUCCCUCGUACCACAUGCUGCGCACGACCCUUUUGGACGAGCUGGAUGGACGCCAGUGCCGGGUGAAGUCCAUGGACGUUCAAUUGAGCGACAUCACGGCGUUCGUGACAGACUCCGCCGGGGUGAACGUCGCGGCGAUGGAGGUAUUCCAAAAAGAUGAGAGCGUGAAACACAUCUUCUGGAUUCCUUGCGUCGCCCACAUCAUGGAUCUCAUUCUCGAGGACAUCGGCGGGAUUGAUUGGGUGGCUUUCCGCAUUUCUCAAGCGAGGCUGGUUACAAGGUUCUUCAAGCGCCAUGGACAUGCGAGAGAGGUUCUUGAGGCGCACUCGACGAAGACUCUUCUGCUACUAGCGGAGACGCGUUUCGGCACGAACGUCAUCAUGAUGGAGAGGCUGGUGGCACUGCGGGCCGCGUUGACAGAUGUUGUGGCCGACGAUCGCUGGCGCRAGACUGUUUGGUYGACCARCAAKAUCCGCAAGGAUGCAGCGGAGGUCACUGCAUGUAUCGGCUCCCCUCCAUGGUGGGAGGAUUUGAGAGCUYUGUGCAAGAUGCUAGAGCCCAUCAUGGGCAUGUUGAAGUUGGUGGACAGCGGCACACGCCAGAUCAGCAAGAUUCUGCGACGUUACGAGGAAAUGAUUGCAUCUUGUUUAUCCGCAUGUCGUGACCCAGGAGGAGUUGAGCCUCGCCAGAGAGAGGAUGCGCGCCAUUUCCCGCAUGGGAGCCGAGCGUCGGGUGGCGGAGUUCCAGGAUUGAACCUGCAGGACAGCCAAGCGCUGUACAUUUACUCCCGCGUAUUGCUUGAGCCCAUCCAGGGACACUUGGUCGCCGAAGCAAAGUCAGGUAAGUACAACUAUAAGCAAUUUCGCGAUCUUGCUCUGCAAAGGGAGCAAAUGACUUCUCAAGUCAAAGACUCCUAUGCAGUCGUAGUUAAGUCUGAAGGAGGAGGAGGAGGAAAGCCGUACAAUGGGAAACGAAUCCUCUGGCGACAAAAGCGCCCGGACCACACCCUUGUCGUCUUUGACGACGACACGGCGGAAAAGAGGCCAUUAGAAGAUAAGGAUAACAACAGUGACUCCGGGAAGGGGGAAGUCACUGCAGUUGUGGCCAAUAAGGUAGGGCCACCCAGAACUGGAACAGGGAAGAAACCGAGACCAUUUCCAUGGCACCUGGCAUUGCCGAUGGGAAGCCAUGGUUGAAGAUGGGAAUGACUCGCGAGACUUGGCAGGAGCGCAUGGACAAUG